GAUGUUGAUUACACAAUAGGUAUUUAACGUUUUAUAUAAUUUUAAACUUCUGCGAAUUUUCUUCACAAUUUUUGUUAAUAAAGAAAAAUUAUUUUAUAGUCGGAAAUUUAUGUUUUUAUUUUUCUGAAUACGAUAAAAUGUUUUCCAUUAAGUUGCAUGAAUUUUGUGUUUUAUUACUAUACGUAAUUGUUGUGUUUGUUGGAGCUCCAAGUAUUUCUACGCAAAAAAAAGCAGCAAUUAUUAAUAACAUUUGCCAAAAUGAUGGAUGGCAACAUUUAACUGGCGUAGAGUCUGUAAACUUUAGUAAUCACCCAGUAAAUUUAGAAGAUAUUAAUAAAAUUGUCAAUAAAGAUACGUGCAAUAGAAAAGUGCAUGCCGCUGCUUCAAUUCUACUUUGUUCAUACGCUAUUGAUUUAAAAAAAAUAUUUUCUAUGGUUAUUUAUUAUAGUCAUGAAUGUCAAGGAGUUUUAAUUCAAAAAAAUAAUCCCUAUGAAUGCACAAGUGAUUUAUUGAAAAUAAUUAAGAAAAUAACUUUAUUGGCAACAGUCAUGAAAGAAUCGUUGAUUUCUUUAGAUGCGUUAUAUGGUACUCCUUUAAAAACCACAUUAGAUGAUUAUAUAUUAUAUUGUUAUUUGACAAGUUUACAAAAAGUAGAAAAUACUAUUUAUCGUGAAGCUCCUUCAAAAAAUAAUCCAAAUAUUUGUAAUCAAAUCUUAAAAAAUAUUACAUAUAUAUUUCAAGAAAUGGACACAGAUAUUAAUGUAGAAAUACAAAAUAAUACAAGAAAAUGUAAGAUUAAACCUGAAAUUUUCAAAGCAAUAGCGGAUGAUAAAAAUACAAUGUAUAAUAUAAAAAAUAAACAAAAAAAAAAUUUUAAUUUUGAAAAUUUGAAGAAAAAACUAGAUAACGAAAUUAAGAAGAUUGUUAUAGAAAAGUAUUACAAUUUAGGCUUCUAUUUUAAUCCAGAAAUUCAGAUGAUUGAUGUACCGAUUCCACAAGUAGUUCUUGAUAAUAAUAAGAUGAAACCGUCAACCACACCAUAUUUAGUCGAAAUAGAAAAAAAAAAGAAAACUGAGACCGGAGUCGAAGAAUUAUUGAACUUUCUUGAACAAGCAAAAGAUUAUGACAAUAAAUCAACUGACGAAAAGUUGGAUCCUACAGGAUUAAUUGGUGAAAGUUCAUCUCAGAAAUUAAAUUCACCUAAGUCAUCCAAGCCGAAGAAAAAAUUGAAGAAAUAGUAAGACAAAACUUUUUUUUUAUAAGAUUUUAUAUUCAAGUUUUCAUAAAAAAAAUGACUAAUUAUUACAAAUUGUGAGGAAAUUCAGUAAAAUGUACAAUCUUUAAUAAAAAGUUUUCUGGAAAACCUAUUAAAAUUAUAUAUUCAAGACAUAUACUACAAAAUUUCACACAUAAAUUUAUUUUUAAUGAUUGAAAAUAAAGAUAUUAUUGUACCAAAACUAAAACAAUAAAAUAAUAUGUAAUAACAUGUUAAUAAAUAAUAUAGUUGUUUGGCA